AUCGCAUCUCUCCUAUACAAACAAUCUCGAUAUCCUCGUCCCAUCCACUGUUAAUCCGCCAUGUCUGCUGCCCAGCUUCUUAACCCCAAGGCCGAGUCCCGGCGGCGGGGCGAAGCUCUCAAGGUCAACAUCACCGCGGGUGAGGGCCUCCAAGAUGUCCUCAAGUCCAACCUGGGCCCCUCGGGCACCAUCAAGAUGCUUGUCGAUGGCGCCGGUCAGAUCAAGUUGACAAAGGAUGGCAACGUCCUCCUCCGUGAGAUGCAAAUACAAAACCCGACAGCUGUUAUGAUCGCCCGUGCUGCGACCGCCCAAGACGACAUUUGCGGUGACGGCACAACGUCGGUGGUGUUGUUGGUGGGAGAGCUCCUUAAGCAGGCCGAUCGUUACAUCUCCGAGGGUCUUCACCCCAGGAUAAUCACAGAUGGUUUCGAGAUCGCCAAGACCGAGGCGCUCAAGUUCCUCGAUGACUUCAAGCUCCCUCGCGAGGUCGACCGCGAGCUCCUCCUCUCCGUCGCCCGUACCUCGCUUGCCACCAAGCUGAGCGCCAGCCUGGCCCAGAGCUUGACCGCCGAUAUUGUCGAUGCCGUCCUCGCUAUCUACCAGCCCCCGGCCAAGCCCGACCUUCACAUGAUCGAGAUCAUGACCAUGCAACACCGCACUGCCUCUGAUACCCAGCUUAUCCGCGGUCUCGCCCUCGAUCACGGCGCCCGCCAUCCCGAUAUGCCCAAGCGCGUUGAGAACGCCUACAUCCUCACCCUCAACGUCUCCCUCGAAUACGAAAAGUCCGAGAUCAACUCUGGCUUCUUCUACUCUAGUGCCGAGCAGAGGGACAAGCUCGUGGAGAGUGAGCGUCGCUUCGUCGAUGCCAAGCUGAAGAAGAUCGUCGAGCUCAAGAAGGAGGUCUGCGGCAACGAUCCCACCAAGAACUUUGUUAUCAUCAACCAAAAGGGUAUCGACCCUCUGUCUCUGGAUGUGUUGGCCAAGAACGGUAUCCUCGCUCUCCGGAGAGCGAAGAGGAGGAAUAUGGAGAGACUUCAGCUCGUCUGCGGCGGUGUUGCUCAGAACAGUGUCGACGACCUUUCACCGGAGGUUCUCGGUUGGGCUGGUCUUGUCUACGAGCAACAGCUUGGUGAGGAGAAGUACACUUUCAUCGAGGAGGUCAAGGACCCCAAGUCCGUGACCCUCCUUAUCAAGGGCCCCAAUGCGCACACCAUCACCCAGCUUAAGGAUGCCGUCCGUGACGGUCUUCGCAGUGUCUACAACAUGAUUGUCGACAAGAGUGUUGUUCCCGGUGGUGGCGCUUUCCAGGUUGCCUGCGCUGCCCAUCUCAAGAGCGAUGCCUUCACAAAGACGGUCAAGGGCAAGGCCAAGUGGGGUGUCGAGGCUUUUGCCGAUGCUCUUUUGGUUAUUCCCAAGACCCUUGCCGCCAACGCCGGUCUUGACGUUCAAGAUUCUCUCGCUGCUCUUCAAGACGAGCAAGCCGAGGGCAAUGUUGUUGGUCUCGACCUUGCAACUGGCGAGCCUAUGGACCCUACACUGGAGGGUGUUUAUGAUUCGUUCAGAGUAUUGAGGAACUGCGUCGCCUCCAGUGCCGGCAUCGCAUCUAACCUGUUGUUGUGCGACGAGCUUCUCAAGGCGAGACAGAUGGGUAGGGCUGGAGGUCCUGGACCUGGCAUGGACGGUCCCGAUUCUUAAACAACUGUGUAAAUCGUCUGCAUGUAAGAUACCUAUUGAAAAACUAAUACAUGGCGAUGAGAGGUCAAAAACAC